UGGCAAAACUUUUUAUUCUGUCCUGACAGUUCAAAGAUACAUUUUUACUUCCUACUUGCGAUUAGAUAUGUUUCAUUGACAGUUUUGACAAAGUAAUAUAUUUACUUAACAAACCCAUAAUUACUAUCAUAAUUUAAGGCUGCUUAUGGUAUAUUUAUUAUUAUAUUUGUAGAUUGUAGUCUAUUAAAACAUCUUUUAUGAUCAAAUUAUUCCUAAUCAUCUGAUAAACUAAAUAUGAAUUGUUCAUUUUUCUAUUUAAAAGUAUCUUCUCUGUCCAUCCAAAAAGCACUCAAGGGUUCAUGCAAUUCACGGUUGUUUCUCUGAAAUUGCUGCUGUUAUCAAUGUUAAAGAGGCCGUGUGUUUGAUACAUGUAAACAUUUUGUGAAGGGAUUGCUUGGACUUCCUGGAGUUACUGGACCCAAAGGCCUAAAGGGAUUUCAAGGUGAUUUUGGUAACAGGGGACAGGAUGGUCCUCCUGGAGCUCUGUCGUCAACACAUGCGAGGACCAAUUGGUUACAAUGGAAUGAAUGGGGACACUGGACCCGGAGGAGUGAAAGGUUUACUGGGGAAGACAGGAGCUCUCGGCCUCCAAGGACCUGUGGGGAAGAGUGGAGAAGCUGGCAGCAGAGGGAUGAAGGGAACACCAGGAAAGCCAGGGGAGAGAGGGGUUAAAGGUAAAGAAGGAUCCAGAGGGUUUCCUGGAAGUGAGGGCAUAGAGGGCAAGAGAGGUGAGAUGGGACCAAAGGGAAAACAAGGCCGCCCAGGUGAGAUGGGCAUGCCUGGACCAAGGGGAUACAGGGGAUCUCCUGGUAUUCAGGGUAAUAUUGGACCAUGGGGCGAUGCCGGGCCCCGUGGCCUUUCAGGUGACCAGGGGCCAGUAGGUCCAGUCGGCCCGCCUGGAGUUACAGGUUACCCAGGUAAAGACGGAUCUCGGGGACCAACUGGAUCAGCUGGUGUCAAAGGAGAUAAGGGAUCCAGAGGAGCUUUGGGGCAGGAGAGAGUUGCUGGUCUCGAUGGUGAGGAGGGUCCAAUUGGUCUACGGGGACCUGAGGGGUCAUCUGGACAAAAAGGCCCAUCUGGUGCAAAGGGAAACACUGGGACUCCUGGACAGAAAGGGUCAAAGGGAGCUGAAGGCGACAGAGGCAACCAAGGGCCACAGGGUGCAAAGGGGCCACCAGGCAGACAGGGAUACGAUGGUUCACCGGGGGAGAGGGGGAAACAAGGAGUUCCUGGCCUCAAGGGUGAACCGGGUACCAGAGGUUCAUCAGGUAUGCCUGGACCAUUUGGGCCAGGGGGCAACACCGGGGCCGAAGGGAUCAAAGGCCACAAGGGGUCCCAGGGGCACACUGGCCUUCCUGGCAGUUUAGGUCCCGCUGGACAAAUUGGGACAUCAACACCGGGAUUGCCGGGCACGAGAGGCGUUGAGGGCAAAACUGGAAUCACUGGACCGAAGGGCAUUCACGGUGAGACGGGCAAGCUCGGCCUUCAAGGCAUCGCAGGAGACAUGGGCAUUCAAGGUCAAAAGGGAGCAAAAGGAGACGACGGGACAAGAGGAUCAGGGGGGAGAGUGGGCAAGAUGGGGUUCAUUGGCAUUCCCGGGGCCAAAGGUCUACCUGGGCACGCUGGUCCUCCCGGGCCUCCAGGAUUAAAAGGAAUUGACGGGCCAAAGGGUAAAAGAGCCAAUUCUGGAAGGAAUGGAAACAAAGGAGCUCCUGGAAAAACUGGCGAUGACGGCCUGCCUGGUAGACCAGGACCUGCUGGACGACCUGGGAAACCUGGCUUGAGCGGUUUGGACGGGUUACUCGGGGUUGAGGGAAAUGAAGGAGAUCCGGGUGAUAUAGGUUUCCGAGGACCUCCUGCACCUUCCGGCAGGCCUGGCAAAAUGGGAAAAGCUGGAUCUCCUGGGAUCAGGGGAAACAAUGGAAAACCAGGGUUCAAGGGCCAAGCUGGACCAAAAGGAAAACACGGACCGCCUGGACCGAUGGGGCCGAAGGGUAUUCCAGGACUGAGAGGGGAGAAGGGCGAGUCGGCAGCCACCGGUCCGAAGGGCCUCACAGGCGACAUGGGAAUGCUGGGAACAAUUGGGCCACCUGGGCUAAAGGGAAAUCCGGGUUUGCAGAGUCCGAAAGGUCAAAGUGGUUAUAAAGGAAAGCAGGGGGAUGCGGGUCCUCCUGGUCCACCUGGGAAAAAAGGCUUCCUUGGACCUACCGGCCAGCUCGGAAAGAAGGGAGUGAAAGGUGUCCAAGGCAUGAGAGGAACAAAGGGAGUAAAGGGCGAGCGUGGACCUCCAGGGGAACCAGGUCCAUCUGGUGAGCGCCGGCCUAAACAAAGCCAGCCAUCAAAGCCUGAGCCAAAACCCGGUCAGGAAAACAUGCUGAGGCCCAAAACCAGACCCGGUACAAGAUCAAAACUGGAAAAUGUGCCACCCGGCCUCCUGCAGCAAAGAGGACGACAAAAGCCCAGGCCGGUGUCCAGGAGAUGGUCCGAAGUUGACGAGGAAACGCUCAGCCGGCCUCAGGGAACCAAAGAGGAUCCCGCCACCACCUGCUACGAGCUGGGACUCAUCCACCCACAUCUGGAUGAUGGCUAUUUUUACAUGGACCCCAACCAAGGCUGUCCCUUGGAUGCUGUGAAGGUGUUCUGUAACUUCACAGCAGGAGGAACAACCUGCAUUGACCCUUUACAGUCUCAGAUUAAAUUCAGUCGGGAACUAGAAAAGAAGAAAUCAAACAUUUCUUUCCAGUGGUUCAGUCAGCAGCACGGUGGAAACAAGUUUGAUUACGCUGGUGUGGAAGUCGUCCAGCUGAGGUUUCUGCGGUUACACAGCCACACAUCUUUCCAGCGCAUGACUGUCAGCUGUGCAGCGAACCUCUCCAGUAGUGCUGGAAAAACUAAUUCAGCCAACAGGAUUAUUCAGAUCCUGGGAGACUCUGGCGAAAAAAUCUUUUCCAACAUUACCUCGGUGUCCAGAAAAGGAUGUGAGGUGGAGGUGGUUGUGAUGGUUCGGGGGAGCACGGAGCUACAUCGAGGGGAUAUGGAGUUACUUCCUGUCAGAGAUCUUGGUGUCGAGAUGAGGUCGUUAUCUCCUCUUGUCUCUGAGUUCAUCGUUGUUUUGGGACCCCUCUGCUUCUUGUGACCUCUGAGCAGCGCGUGUGCUCGUUUGGUUUUGUGCCUGCACAAUGAACUGUAAAUAUCUCUUUUAUGUAGGAAGCAGGGAUUCAUUAUGUCAACGUAUUUCAACUUUGUCAGGCUUUAUUUGGUUUUGACUUUACUGUUUUUAGGGUAUAUUUAUUGAAUUGUCUAGAUUUUUUCAUGUGAAGCAUUUAUAUAAAUAAUGUUUUAUGUACCAAACAAUUUUGUUUGUUUGUAUGGUAUUUACAAAAAGUUUUUUUUAAUGCUACAACGCAGAGAAUCUGUGUCUCAAUCAUCCUCACAGGGAAAGAUAUGCAACACUAUCAAAAUUACAUUGUGACUUGGAACAUGUGAUAGGAAACCGAGAUAUUUCCAUAUAUUGUAUUCCUGCACCAUAGAGUAGACGCUCAAUUCAAGAUGAAUAUGUCCUUGUGACAUUUUUCCUCUGUGAUUUUUUAUUGUGUAUGUAUUUUGAGAUCUUACGCCAACUAAAUAAAAGUUUGCCACUUA